UUGUGAGCAUAGGGCCAAAUGAAACCACCAAAGAGGACAACUACGGCGAAGGAGGAGGAUGUGCAAUCUCCACCUUCUAUGCUCCAAUGGUGGCGUAGAUGGACGGUGUUGGUGGCGGCCAUCUGGAUUCAAGCCUUCACGGGCACUAACUUCGAUUUCUCCGCUUACUCCUCCGACAUGAAAUCGUCCAUGGGCGUUUCUCAGUCGCGCCUUAACUACAUGGCUGUCGCUUCUGAUUUAGGCAAAGCAUUGGGCUGGUCUUCCGGUUUCGCCGUUGCCUAUUUCCCUGUCUCCGCCGUCCUAUUCUCCGCCGCUGCUAUGGGUCUCGUCGGCUACGGCGUCCAGUGGUUAUCCAUCGCCGCCGACGUCAUCGAUCUUCCAUACUCUCUGGUUCUGGUAUGCUGCUCGUUAGCUGGAUUAAGCAUCUGCUGGUUCAACACCGUCUGCUUCGUCCUCUGCGUUCGGCACUUUGAAUCCAACCAUUCCCUUGCCUUGUCUCUCGUCGUGAGUUUCAACGGAAUCAGUGCUGCCUUGUACACGCUUGGCCAUGAAGUCAUCAGUGGGAAAUCAUCAGCAAGCUCUGACAUUUACCUUCUCCUUAACUCUCUCAUCCCUUUAUUCGUCUCUCUUUUAGCCCUCUGGCCUGUCCUUACUAACCCUAACUCCUCUGAAACCCAUGCUAGUAACCGGACCCGUGAUGAGACCCGAAUCUUCAUCAUCUUCAAUGUCUUAGCCCUAAUCACAUGCUUUUACCUUCUCCUGCCUUCCUCAGACACCUACUUGGCUUCAUCACCUCUUUGGCAUUUCCUCGGCGCCAUUUGCCUUCUCCUUUUCCCAUUGUGCGUCCCCUUUCUCGACUAUAUUCUCCGUGCUCUCCACUCCUGUUUCCACCGUCACAGCUCUGGCUAUGCAGUGGUUAACAUAGAGGAGCCCAAGAUCCCGAAAAGUGGGGGUGGCUUGGAUCAUGAGGAGAUUAAAUCAUAUGAUGAAUGUAAUAAAGUGGGACGCUUAGGUGAUGAACAUUCUCUUGGAAUGCUGGUUCGUAGCCUGGAGUUUUGGCUAUACUACAUAGCUUAUUUCUGCGGUGGGACCAUUGGUCUUGUCUACAGCAACAACUUAGGUCAGAUCGCUCAGUCUCUAGGUCAGAGCAGCUCAAACGCAAAAUCUUUAGUGACACUCUUCUCUGCCUUCUCCUUUUUGGGAAGGUUGCUCUCCUCUGCACCUGAUUUCACACGCAAGAAACUAGACUACCUGACAAGAACAGGCUGGUUCACCAUUUCGCUGCUUCCAACACCUUUGGCCUUCUUCAUCCUCGCGUAUUCGUCCAAGACCGCGCUGCUACAGGUUGCCACCGCACUUAUAGGGUUAAGUUCAGGGUUUGUUUUCGCGGCAGCGGUUUCAGUAACUUCGGACCUCUUUGGACGAAAUAGCGUUGGUGUAAACCAGAACAUACUCAUCACAAACAUUCCCAUUGGAUCGCUCUUCUACGGAUACAUGGCUGGUUCUGUCUAUGACAAGCACGCGACGCCAUCUGUCGUGUCGGACACGCUUGUUUGCGUGGGAAGAAGGUGUUAUUUUGCAACGUUCUUGUUUUGGGGUUGUUUGUCUGUUGUUGGAUUAGUAUGUAGCUUGAUAUUGUUUAUUAGAACCCGACCAGUUUACCAACGGUUAGCACAAAACCGAAAUUAAAGCGGUGUAGUAUCAGGCUGCUUUUAGAUUGAUGGUUUGUUGUAA